GACAAAGAUUUACCAGUUUCAACAUUCCACACUGCUAGUGCAAGCAGACCCCUCUUUAGUAGCCUCUCCCUAGCAGAAAGCAGUGAAGCACUAAGAGGGAGAGGGAGAGAGAGAGAGAGAGAGAAUGACACCGGCGGAGCCACCGUUUUACGGAUGGGGCCCAUCUCCUGCGAUAAUCAAUCAGACACCGGCGAAGCUUCCCGUUAAUUUCAGCCCGCCACUAAUUGCCAUGGUGGUCGUGGUCGCCACCGCGUUCCUUGUGAUCACUUACUUUCGACUCAUCUACCGCCACCUCCUCCGUCCUAUUCUCAGCCUUAUAAAGCGGUGGCGCCGGCGGUGGAGACGUUGGCGCCACCGCCGCUCCUACGAUCCAUCCAACGGCGACAUCGAAUCAAUCCAAUCGAACGCCGUAUUCGACUCCACUGCUACCGCCACCGCCGCCUAUCACUUUCUCUCCCCACCUUACGGCCUCGAUGAGAUGGUCAUCAAAACAAUCCCUCUCUCCGUCUACACAACCACCAAAGGCAGCAACGGAAGUAAGAAAUGGUCUUACGACGCCGCCCGUGAUUGCGCCGUUUGUUUACUCGAGUUCGAAGACAACGAUUACGUCCGUACUCUCCCUGUCUGUGCCCACGCCUUUCACGUUGAUUGCAUCGACAUGUGGCUCAGGUCCCAUGCCAACUGUCCUCUCUGCCGCGCCGGCAUAUUCCGACCGGAAUCUCCAUUUGUUCCAAUGAUGGCCGGCCGGAUACGACCAAGCCUUGACGAACGGGUCUUGGAGAACCUAUUCCUCGAGCCGGUAAUCGGACGGGCACCCGAAUCCGAAAUCGGCCCCGCCGUUGAAGAAUCAUCAGCAUCAGUAGUCUCACCCAGACGAAACGAGAGCGAAGAUAGGUAUAGCUAUAACUAUCACGGCGGUCGUGAUAUUUUGUUAAAGCGAUCGUACUCGUUCGGGUUCGAGCGUAACUUCGCCACCGAUCGUCUGGUAUUGGAGCCAACCACGGCUUCGCCGUGGAGGUAUCGCCGAGCGAGCUUCUGGAGCAAGAGACCAUCUCCGUUCAGCUCGUUGGGAAAAUCUAGAGUUUUCUCGUUCCGGCAAUACAGGGGCAUGAAGUCUCCGUUCUUCAGACGGAGAUCGGGGUUCUUUCCGUUGUCGGAAUCGAGCUUAAGAUUCUCGGGCGGCGGCGGAGUUAACGGCGGAGGGUCAUCGAGGCGGAGCAAAUCGACGUCGAGUCCGAUGUUCAUGAGGACAUCGGUUGGGGUUGGGUUCUCGUCGAGCAGGUUAAGGUGUGGAGAUCCAGAGGCGCUGUUGUCGCCGGAGAGAUUUAACAGACGGUAAACAGAUUGCCACGUGGAUAUAUUCGGCGGGGAAUCGACGGUCGGGAGAUUGGGAAUGGUACGGUAGGGAAGAGUUGGAUUUGGGGUAGGGGGUGGUGGAGGGAAGUUGAUAAAUACAGUGGGGGGAGAGUUGAAUUGAAUGGGGCCGUAUAUUUAAUGAGGGUCGCAUGCAGGAAUUAAUGGUGAUCGGCUCUGUUGUUGGUGACUGGUCUCUGGGUUUAAUGAGGGGGCAUUUAAUGAGAAUUGACGAGAGAGUGGAAGGGGAUGAAGAUAAUUGGACUUCUGGGCAAGUGGGGAAUCUCUAGUUCUCUCUCUUGACUGAGGAGGACGAGGAGUACAAGUAUCGAAGCAGGUCGGUGGGUAAACUCAUAAAUGCGAUCCAGGCGGUGGUGUUGCUGUUUUGAAAGGAACUAGAAAUUGGGCAAAACGUGGACGUGGACAUGAAUAUAUUAUAAGGAAAAAUAAAGAAAAAAUUUCAUUUGUUUGAUGGAGUGACUCGCGGAUUAUAGUAAAGGGCUCGUGACUCAGCAACUCAGUGACUCAACGACUCGCUAAGGUGGAGAAUUUGAAAAUGUUAAUUGAUCUAUAGAAUGAGGGAUAAUCAAGAAAAUCUGAAUACAAGAAGAAUCAUGUAUUUUCAGAUGCCAAGAUGAUUACAUAGAGCAUUGAAGGUAAAAAAGUGAAUCUGUGAUAGUGAAGGGAAUGUGCUUUUUACUUGCAAUAUGAGAAUAUAAAAAUGGGAGAUGGCUUUUAUCAGCCCUUCUUAUUUGUUAUGUGGUAGUUUAAUUGAACGCAAAUUUGGUGGAUGUAUUAUCUACAUCAUUAUCCAUUCCUAGACUACAUUCCAUUGUGGAAUUUUAAGUUUCAAAAGUCUAGCAAGUGAACUCAAUUGGAGGAUGAAAUCCAUGGAGAAAAAUGGUUGAUGUGCACAUCUAUUUUUGCCAUGUUAAAUGAGUGAUGUGACGGGUUUAAUUCUCAUUGUUAGGUAUUUAGGAAGUGGUUUGAAUUGGUCACAUGUUGAAUUUUGUGAAUUCAAUCAUGUACCCUCCUAUCCAA